ACAUGGAAAUGCAAAUAUUUUAGUAAAUAUAAACUGCUAAAUACCUUUUCUCAUCAGCAGUUAGAGCAGUCUUUUGACUUCUAUCAAUGUCCAGCAGAGCACUGGUCAAACAAUGCAGGACCCCUGACCCUCUGUCUGGACAAUGCUGGUUGGCCUUGUGCUGGUCACAUGCACUCUUCCAAGAAAAAACUCUAGCAAUACACACAAAACUGAGCAUGUGCAGCAUACCCCCAAGGCUCUGUUCUAUCAGGAGAUGAGUCGGCGACAGUUCAAGAAGGGGAGGAUCAGAGAGGACAGGAUCAAACAUCCUUUUUACACAAUGCAGAAGAUUAACCCCUUA